AUGCCACUGAAACAACUUCAUAGCUGGCUGAAUGCUAUGGUCUUUGGGCUCCUGCUUCUCCUCCUCCAUGUGCAGGGGGAGGACUCAUGCAGGCCCAUCAGGAACACCCACACCAGACAGGUGCAGGGUAGCCUUGUCCACUUGGAGGAUAUCAACAUGGGAGUCCACACCUUCCUGGGAAUUCCCUUUGCCAAGCCACCUGUAGGACUUCUGCGGUUUGCUCCUCCUGAGCCCCCUGAACCGUGGAAUGGUGUGAAGUAUGGAACUUCUUAUCCUGCCAUGUGUCUGCAAAAUGAUAUAAUAACUUUAGUGGGUGCAAAGGAGAUGAAUCUGAUCGUGUCUUCCAUCCCUAUGUCUGAGGACUGCCUGUAUCUCAACAUCUACACACCAGCUCAUGCCCAUGAGUGCUAUAACCUGCCUGUGAUGGUAUGGAUUCAUGGUGGUGGAAUGGUAAUGGGAAUGGCUUCCAUGAUUGGUGUAUCCAAACUGGCAGCUACUGAGGAUAUAGUAAUUGUUUCUAUCCAGUAUCACUUGGGUAUCCUUGGCUUCUUCAGCACUGAAUACCAGCACGCCAGAGGCAACUGGGGCUACCUGGACCAAGUGGCCGCCCUAUGCUGGGUCCAGCAGAACAUCGCCCACUUUGGAGGCAACCCUGGCCGGGUCACUAUUUUUGGUGGGUCAGCAGGUGGCACAAGUGUGUCUUCACAUGUUGUGUCCCCCAUGUCCAAAGGACUCUUCCAUGGAGCCAUUAUGCAGAAUGGAGUGGCCCUGCUGCCUGACCUUAUCUCUGACACUUCCGAGGUGGUCUGCAUAGUGAUAGCCAACCUAUCAGGAUGUGAAGCUGGGGACGCAGAGGCCCUGGUUCACUGCCUACGAGACAAGACUGAAGCACAGAUUCAGGCUAUAAAGCAGGUCUUCGCUAUGAUCCCUGGUGUGGUGGAUAGGAUGUUCCUACCUAGGCAUCUUCAGGAGCUGUUGGCCUCUGUGGAUUUUCACCCUGUCCCCAGCAUCAUUAGUAUCGACAGUGACGAGUGUGGUUGGAUAAUCCCCUUGACAAAGGGCCUUGAUCAUUUCAUAAAGAACAUAACCAGAGAGACUCUACCAGCUGUUCUGAAGAGCACAGCAACACAGAUGAAGCUGCCUCCUGAAUGUAGUGAACUACUAAUGGAAGAGUACAUGGGGGACAUUGAGGAUCCCCAGACCCUGCAAGCACAGUUCAGAGAGUUGAUGAAGGACUUCAUGUUUGUGAUCCCUGCACUCCAAAUAGCACAUUUUCAGUGUUCCCAUGCUCCUAUCUACUUCUAUGAGUUCCAGCAUCAGCCCAGCUUCAUCAAGCAUAAGCAUGUCAGUCCAUCCCAUGUGAGGGCUGACCAUGUUGAUCAUGCUACCUUUUUGACUUCACUGGAGAAGCUGCUGAACAGGAUGAUGAUGAAGUACUGGACUAACUUUGCAAGACAUGGGAACCCCAAUAGCAAGAGUCUACCCUACUGGCCUGAGCUGGUCCAUGAUGAGCAGUACCUGCAGCUGGACAUCCAGCCUUCUGUGGGCCAAGCCCUGAAGGCCAGAAAGCUACAGUUCUGGACCAAUACCCUACCCCAAAAGAUCCAGGAGCUAAAGGGGACUCAGCAGAAGCACACAGAGCUUUAG